CUCCGAACGUUCAUGUCGUCGACGGCGCCGCGCCUUCCACCAGAGUUAGAGUUCGCGGUGUUCAGUGAAGCAGCCAAGGUGUCACGCCAGGUACACUACACCCUGCUCCUCGUGGCACGUCGAGUUUGCUUAUGGCUGGAGCCCCUGCUAUACCGCACCCUCUUCUUCGGCCAUGAAUAUCGAUCCCCGGAGCUGUCGACAAUGAGCCUCCCGAGGCAGUCCUUCCUGGUGGUCACUGUCCGUCACAUCGUCGUCUGUGGCAACCCUCCCGGCGCCCCGCUGCGCCUCUUCUCCGCUGUGCCACAUAUAGCGAUCGGGGGGCCCUAUCGUGCCCGUGACAUGCGCGACGCGUUUUUCGCGCUCACGAAUCUUCGCUCCCUCGCCACCGAUCCGCGCAUCAUCGCGGACGGGUGUCUUACAACAGCCGACGCCGUCCGUCCGGUCUUCGCGGUGCUCACCCACCUGGAGCUGUUCCGCCGGCCGCCAGGCGUCGCCGAAUUCUGCGCUGCUCUGCCCUGUCUAACGCACGUCGCGCUGAACGAAGAUAUAGACUCAUGGGAUGACGCAGAGCCCGUCAUCGAUGCAAUCCUCACCAAGUCCACGAAACUCAUAUUGCUCGUCGUGUUGGAAGAGCCCGACGAACUACCCUUGGCGGAUUGUGUCUCAGAAAGCCUCUCCGAUCCGAGGCUAGUGAUUACCACGUCCGUGGACUGGGCAGAGGGUGCGCUGGAUAUGUGGAGCUACUGGGAUGCCGCGCGCGAGUUCUUACAGGGAAAGGCGAACGGGCUCAUCGCUGCAGACCAAUUCCGGGCAUGGCGCUGUUAA